AUGCUCAUCCAGUCAGCCGCCUGCUGCCCGGAGCGCUCCCAGCCGGUGACGAAGUCCGACAGCGGGGACGCUUGCGGGGCACCCGGGCAUCGUCAGUCGACCGCCGAGCCAGCUCUGGUCGGCGCUGUCGCGUCAUCGGGCGAUCCCCCGUCCGCCGCGCGACCCAACGGCUCGCAGCCGCCCGGCAGGGUUGAUCGGGCCAAGUCAAGUUCAAAGCCAGACCGCACCAACUCAUCAACGGAGGGUCUUUCCCAGCCUUCGUCGAAGGCGGACUGUCCCCAGCCACCCUCCCAGUCGGACGGUAACAAGCCAUCAUCAAAGCCAAACCGCCCCGAGCCGUCUGCAAAACGGGAACGUCCCGAGCCCUCUUCAAAUGCGGAUCGUUUCGAGUCUUCUUCGAAGCCAGACCACCCGGAGACUUCUUCGAAGCCAGGCCGGCCCGAGCCGUCCUGUCAGCGAGACCGCCCAGAGGACUCCUCGAAGCCGGACCGGGCCGAGCGUUCUUCCAAGCCGGAGCGCGCUGAGCCGUCUCCGCGGUCGACGGACCUGAGCCGGCUGCAGCGGCGGCUGCAGGAGCGGCACUACCGGCGCCGCAGCCGCUCGUCCUCCUCGUCCUCGGAGGACGAGCGGCCGCCGCGCCGGCCGUCCUCGGCGCCCGGCGACGCGCUGGCGUUCCUCACGGCCGGCGCGGGUCUGGCCGGCUACGGCCGCGACGUGACCACCUGGUCGGGCGAGCGGUCGCGCCUCGAGAGGGAACGGGAACGCGACGAGCAGCGCCGCCGCCGAGAGCUGGACGACUACAACGACGAGCUGGACGCCGGCAGGGUGAAGAAGUCGCGCGGGCGCGUCGAGCGGCCGCCGUCCGAGCACAACCCGUUCCAGCGGCUGCAGGAGGAGCGCGCCGGCAAGAUCUUCAACAGCAGCAAGAACAUUACCGGCGUGACCUCAAUCUACUCGGGUCGGAGAUACAAGAUAUACACCGGCAGAUAA